GUCACUUCCUUAAAAGGAGGCCGAGACGGCUGGGUUUGUUUUUGGACCCGUAGACUCCACCGUUAAAAUUCGCGAGGCCUGCUUGGACCGAUUCGGUGCUGUUAAAGCUAUGGUGGUGCUAAAUAGUGGCGGCGAUUUCGGCGAGCGGUACCGGCUGACCAGCGACUGCUCGUCUUCACUGCCAAACUCUCCGGUCAAGCGGGUGUCUCCUGCCAAGAAGAAGCAGUACUUCAUCAGCCAGGCCAUCCGCAACUCGGACCUGACGCCCAAAGCCAAAGGCCGCAAGAGCCUGCGCCGCCUGGAAAACACUCGGUAUCUGGCAGACCUUCUCGAGAGGGAUGAAGUUUCUAAAGAAGAUGGAGACCCAAGUGAGCCUGCAGCCCCCUCCAUAUUUACGGAGGCGCACACCAACAGUAACUAUGUGCAGCUCUGGAACGACUUCUUGAAUCGCACCGGGGAGGAGCAGGAGAAGCUGCUGAUGUUCAUCGAAGAGCAAGCCAGGAGGAAACAUGGCGCCAAACUGUCCGAGCCGAUGGAGGAGGACAAGAGAGAAGAGGACCCUGCCUACACGCCCCACCUGUGCUUCCAGAGGAUCAAUAAGCGGCUGCGCAUCACGCUGAAGCGAAAGCAGAUCCCCAUGGCCUUCCUCGAUUGCCUGGAAGAGGACCUGAGGACAUUCUUCUCUGCUCAUCCUCAAUCCGUUUACACCGCCGUGCUGGAGAACAGCUACGAGCGGCUGCUGCUCCACGGUGUCUGCCAGUACAUGGCGCUGACCUCAGCCAGCUUGGACCGCGACGGCAAGCGGCAGACCAGAGUCGUCAAUCACCAGAAGGAGUUCCUGCCCCCCGGCCUGCUGCUCUCCACCUACCUGGAGCAACUGAGCUGACCCCGCGGGCCUGGCGGGGGGGCUUCGCCCGCUACGGGCACGGCGCCGGGGGUGGCGCUCCCGUAGGUGGCGCCGUUAGGAAUGUCGCAGCACUUGGGAUUUUCUUGUUUGUGUCGCACUCUUUGUGUGUUGUUUGUUGUAGUCGGGGGGCUCGGAGCGUCACUUGGGGGUCUGCGUUGACACCAUGUGUAGUUCAGUGGAUUUUACAGCGAGUGCAAUUGUUUAAUGACCCGCGGGGUCGCCGUGUGCGAGGGGAUCGAGUUUACCGUUCGCAUGUAGAGGAUCGAGACCGACUUUGCAUUUCCGUCAAGAAAAGAAUAAACCGUGACAAAGUGG